GUUUCACCCACUUCCUUAUUUUCAAACUGAGUAUCAGUGGUGGGAUCUUAACAUGCUCCUCGCAAAGACAAGAAAAGUCCUCUGAAGGCACUGGAAUCGUGAGAGUUACUUCACAGUACCUUUGUACAGUUUAGUUGUUUGCCUGGAACACAUGUUUUGGGGAACACUUUCCUGCCUGGAGUUUCCUGGGUGUUCUAUGUUGACAGGUUUCCACCACAAGGCAGGAUGUUCCACUGGUGGAUAUUGGUGUUCUGUGGCACUUUUGUCUUCUGUGAAGGCAAGGACAUACAGUGUGACACCAUCACAGACUUGGAUUUCCACGACUCUUUUAUAGGGACCAAACUGCACGUGAGACUCUUGCUGUACACCAAAGAAACCCAGCUUUGUGGAGAGGAACUUAGUCAUACAAACAUUUCCCACUCUAAAUCCUUUGAUUUGUCAAGAAAUACCACCUUUCUGAUCCAUGGAUACAGGCCCACUGGUGCCCCUCCAGUGUGGGUAAAUAAAACAGUCGAAUUGCUAGUUAACUCAGAUAACAUGAAUGUGAUUGUAGUGGACUGGAAUAGAGGGGCUGCAAAUCUCAACUACUUUACAGCUGUGACCAACACAAAGAAAGCUGCAGAGAACCUGACAGAAUUUGUUAAGCUGAUGAAGGAGAAUGGAGCAUCGCUGAGCUCCAUUCACAUGAUCGGAGUCAGUCUGGGAGCUCAUCUGUCUGGAUUUGUGGGGAGCAUGUUGAAUGGAAAAAUUGGAAGAAUCACUGGGCUUGACCCUGCCGGCCCAUUAUUCACUGGGAAGCCCCCAGAGGAGAGACUGGACAGCAGUGAUGCAGAGUUUGUUGACGUCUUACACACUGACAUGGAUGCUCUAGGAUUCAGACUUCCUUUGGGUCAUAUCGAUUUCUAUGCCAACGGAGGAGCAGACCAGCCUGGCUGCCCCAAAACCAUUUUUUCUGGUAAAAAAUACUUUGUGUGUGACCAUCAGAGAUCAGUCUUCCUAUUUAUGAGCUCACUAAAUAAGACAUGUGACAUAACUGCUUACCCCUGUUCAUCAUAUUCGGAUUUUCUUGACGGAAAAUGUUUGGAUUGUAAGGAUUUUCAUCCUGCACCCUGUCCACUCUUUGGGUAUUAUGUAAAUAAGUGGAAAGAUGUUCUUUUAAAACUUGGCCAAACAAAAACAUAUUUUUCUACAACGGCAAAAGAUCCAUUUUGUAAGCAUAAUUACCUUGUGGAUAUUGUUACAUGGAACCAAAACACACGGUGGGGAUUCGUCACAAUAAAAUUAUUCAGCGGCAGAAAUGUCACAGAGGCCAAAAUAGACCAUAAAGCAGCAAAGUUUGAGCAGUACACAGAGACACGCCUGCUAGCACAGUUUGAUGAAGACUUCGAGAAUAUUCAAAAGAUCUCUUUGAAGUUCUCCACUGGGAACAUGAUUGGACCAAGAUACAAGCUAAGAGUCAUCAGGUUCAAACUCAGACCUUUGGAAAAGAGUAACCGCACGCCCCUGUGCAGAUAUGAUCUCAUUCUGGAGGAAAACUCUGAAGUGUCAUUCAGACCCAUUCCUUGUCAGGACAUGCAGUUUUAAAGAUCGGGAAGCCCUGGAAAGAAAAUCUUGCUGCAUAACCUUGAACAUGAUAGAAGUAUUUAAGAGGAAACAUAUAUUCCGGGGAAUGCUUCAAACUGUAUAUACUGUAAUGUAGCUUUUGUUUUGUUUUUUUUGUAUUUGAAAUAUCAUUUUAUUUUUGUAAUGAAA